CCACAAACGCCCUACUAAUCUUCCUACACGACCCAAUUCUACGACAUGUUUACGAGAAAUUCAAGCGUCCAACUGCCCCCGCCGGCAAUGGCGCGACACGACUCGGGAUUCACUCCCACACUUCCGACUUCGCGGCGGCGGCAGACCCUCCAGCGGGGCGACAGUCAAAACACGCGCUACAUGAACAUGCUUCUGGCGCUGGACGGCAUCCCCCGGCUGCACAACAUGCUCGCCUCGUUCUUCACGUGGAUUCUGCUCGCCGGAUUCGUCCUGUUGCCCGGAACGUUCACCAGCCUGCAGAAGGCGAACACGAGCACGUCGAGUGAGGCCGAGAGGCGGUUUAUCGGGGCCAUUCAGCACACGCCGCUCUUCGUCAUAGCAUUUCUGUGUGCUGGGAUAGGCGCUGCGGGAAUGGUCUGGCUGUGGUGGAGAUGGAACAAGAACUUCAUCUGGCUCAAUAACCGCAUCUUCCUACCGGGCACUCUCAACUCCCUUGCGGGCAUUGUCUCGACGCUUGUCAACGUCUACGGUGUGCAGCACGGCGAAUUCAUCGGCUCUUCGAAGGUCACACUCAUCGUCACCGUGGCCGCAGCGCUCAUCUGCGGGACCUUGACCCUGUUGUAUAGCGCCGUUUUCCUGAGGGGCGUCAAGAGGAUGCAUGACAGGGAAGUCGGGCGAGAACGCGCAGGACAACACGGCGAAGGAAUCAUCGAAGAGAUCAAGCGUAAGGCUGGAGAGAUCGAACCUGAGGUAAGGGUAGUGUGA